AUGAAAUCGUGCAUCGUUUCUGUGAAAGCGGUGUCUUUCUACCGUGGCACCGUAUCUUCGGGUAUGAAAGUACACAUCUCAACCGGCUUCGAGACUAUCAUGGCCGAGUGCCAAUUCCUGAGGCCAGAUGGUGGCGAAUUCGAGCAACUAGCGUCAUUAGAAGAACCGUGCGUCUGCUGGUUGACGUUCGAUCGGCCGGUUUAUACACGCUCCAAUGCGUUCUAUAUCGCUUCGAAAUUGGAUCAUCAGGGACGUGGCUGUCGUUUCCUGUUCCAUGGUCAUUUCGAGGAGUUUUUGAAAGUGCCAAAAGUUCAGCGCUUUGUUCGACGAGUACGGAUUGGUCGCGCUGAAAGAGUGGAGAACACGAGGAGCAUUGUGUGCAACUCGCUCUUCAAGAAAGAGACGAAGAUCAGUCUGUUCGAAGGUAUGCCGGUAUCCUUAAGCACUGGCGAGAAAGGACGUGUGGUCGGCGCCUUUGGAAAGGGAGGAAAGGCGCGUAUCGAAAUGACCGUACCACUUGCUGACGACACCGUCGAAAAGAUCGGUGCUGGCGAGGUUGUCGAGGUCAGAAUGCAUCUGAAAAAAUAUCUCGGUGAAAAGAAAUUUCACGGCGUAAUGAACCGGCUGACAGCAGCAGUUCGGUGGCACAGUGCUCAGUGUCGUUUUAUCCACCCUAGUAUUCUCGCUCGAAGCCAAGAACUUGGAGAUGAUGGCCUACCGAAAGAUUACAAGCUGAAAACGCUGAAAGCUGGAAGUCGACGACUCGAUACAUUUGUGAAUCGUGCCAGUGGAAAAGAGCAGCAGGUGGAGAAACUGAUUCUCGGUGGUCGAGUUAGAGUGAACGAGGAUGUCCACACCAAGAAAUCCUACAAUGUAUGUAUGUUUCCGCUUUUAUAUUUUCACAUGACAAUCUAA